ACGGGAUUGUUCAGCUCUCUUAAAGGCACCAUUUUGGGCGUGUAAUGAAACAAUCAACGCAACAGAACAGUAUUUCAUCGCAGAUUGUGAAUAUGAUAUGUGUGCUUGUGAAAACAACCCUGCCGCGUGUCUCUGUCAAAUUUUUGAUUCCUACGCUGCCGCGUGUGCCGCUGAGAUGGUGAAUUUUGACUGGAAAAAUGAUUUCCCUCGAUGCAGUACUCCAUGUGCAAGCUCUCCAUGUUUCAAUGGUGCAACUUGUGUUGACGAGGGUGCCACCAGCUACACCUGCCAAUGUCGUGAUGGAUAUGUGGGUGAUCGUUGUGAUAUAAAAGAUGUUUGCGAUAUUCCUGCCCGCAUAGCCUAUGGCGACAAUGAAAUAAACUAUGAAGUAACUUUGGAUAACGUGACAACAUUAAGACGUAUUAGUACCGUAGGAGCACAAGAUUUGGAUUAUGAUCCCGUGUCUCGACGAUUGUUUUACUACAAUUCAGACAACUUCUAUAGCAUUGAACUAGAUGGUUCGGACCUAAAAGAUUUAGGUGAAGUGAGGCAGGUUACCAGA